UUAAAUAGAAUAACAGAAAACAUAUACAGUAUAAAAGGUCAUAUGUGCUGGUUAUCUCUUAAAUAAUAGUCUGAUAUCACAAGUUCAAUCGUAACUUGAACAAAUCCAUCGUGUAAAUUAUGUGUGGGUGCGUGUGAUUCGUAGUUAAUGUAUUGAACACAUGGACCUGUGUAGCCCAGUAGAUAUGAACGUUCGCACUGACGUAUGGUGUUUCCGAUUUGAGUAUCAACCCUCCUCCUUACCUCCGAGAACCCACCAAUCCACACUCGAUUGCCUCGCAGGUUCCUGUCGGCGUCAGAUCACCAUAUUUAGCUAGCCAGAGAGCCCCAGCUACGGAGUUGAUCACCGAAAACCGGGCUGAAAAUUGCUGGUUAUAACUACGAGUGAUUCGUCGAGUCGCCGACUUACAGUCACCGUGACGGCUAGGGGAAAGGCAGUCACAUCGAUGAAAGCGAUGUGGAGUCAUGUCAGCAGCUGUAACGAAAUGACAGCAGAGUUUCGGCGAUAAGAAGACGUCGCUUUUUCUGAUAAAUCCAGCUAGCAAGACAGUUAGCAAGCAAGCUAGUCAGCCAGCCAAGUAUCUGAGAAGUCAGUUGAAACAGGGUUUUUCGGGACGGAUACCACUAAGUAACAACGCUUCCUGGUGGAUGAGCAGAUAAUAUAAUAUGUGUCGGAGUUACGGCUUGGUAUACUGAUCGGUUUUACUGUGACUUUGCCAAAUCUAUCUCUUCGUUAACCAACGUUAGCUGGCUAACAACAGUAGGCAACCCUGGCAGUGACGGAGGUUUCUGAUUGGUUGGGAUACCGUGAGAGCGACUUGUAGACGGGGACAAGGAAGACCCCCCUCCCCUCCCCUCCCGGUCCUCCUGAGUUAAGAGGACUUCUGUACAUCAAGACUGGUCCAGUCUAGCAGCGAGUGUGGACUAGUAUAGUCAGUGUCAAACGAGAGAAGACACGAGGCUACAGCGCCGUUUCUCUCCUGGAGAACCUUGGUGUUCCCAGAGCAAAGUCGAGUGUCUACCGGGUGUUCUACAAAGUGAGCCGGGGAAGGAUCCGGACAGAGACCCCAUGAAUGGAAAUCGGAACUACAGGAGCGGUUGGGGCACCGGCCCUCUUCACUGUGCCGCGGCGGCCAGGCUAUGGCACCAUGGGGAAGCCCAUCAAGCUGCUGGCCAACUGCUUCCAGGUGGACAUCCCCAAGAUGGACGUCUACCUCUAUGAGGUGGACAUCAAGCCUGAGAAGUGCCCACGGCGGGUCAACAGGGAGGUGGUUGACUCCAUGGUGCAGCAUUUCAAGGUGACCAUCUUUGGGGAUCGACGGCCGGUUUACGAUGGGAAGAGAAGCCUCUACACGGCCAACCCAUUGCCUGUGGCUACCGCGGGGGUGGAUCUGGACGUGACACUGCCAGGUGAGGGGGGGAAGGACCGGCCGUUUAAAGUGUCCAUCAGGUUCGUGUCGCUGGUCAGCUGGCACAUGCUGCACGAGGUGCUGACGGGCCGCAGCAUGCCCGAGCCCCUGGAGCUGGACAAGCCCAUCAGCACCAACCCUGUUCACGCCGUGGACGUGGUGCUACGCCAUCUACCCUCUAUGAAGUACACUCCCGUGGGCCGGUCCUUCUUCUCAGCCCCUGAGGGGUAUGACCACCCUCUGGGUGGGGGCAGGGAGGUGUGGUUCGGCUUCCAUCAGUCGGUCAGACCAGCUAUGUGGAAAAUGAUGCUCAACAUUGAUGUGUCUGCCACGGCCUUCUACAAAGCACAGCCAGUGAUCCAGUUCAUGUGUGAGGUCCUGGACAUCCACAACAUCGACGAGCAGCCUCGUCCCCUCA